CAGAGUGGAGCUACGGCAGAUGCGCCGAGUUCUUCCAUGCCGUCGAGUCACCUAGACAGCGACACGUCCGCAGACUCGAUCCGCUACACAUCAGUCUCGUCGGGAGGAAAAAGCUACGAUGACCGAGCAUUGCUUGUUGCGUACUAUCGAGUCCGCCCUUACCAAAUACGAAGCUCAUUGGCAAGGAAGUGUGUGAUCAAACUUUGGCGAGGUGUUCUAAUCCUGCGCAGAGUACACGAAGAAAAUGGCAGCCCUUCUCAGCAACGCCCUCGUGUUUCUUCACCCUCUUCUACGAGAAUGAGCAGAACGAGUGGAGCUGUGUUUCGAAGAACAGCCCUCUCGCUUCGCAUUGCUUUUGAGUCUAUCGCAGAGGUGAUUGCAGAGUCGCGACGAUUGCGGAUAAGAGGGUCGAACCUGCAAAACUGUCGACCAGCUUCUACAAUACCCAGCUCUUCGGAUAAUUAUCGUCAAGGAGAGCUCUCCUAUGCGUGGUUAGAAGAUUCUAUCUUUCCUGUUCAGGAAGAGACUGGAGUCACCCUCGGCGACGUUUUUCGAGGCCGCACAUUCGACGCUAUCCCGAAAAACGACAUCCAUUGGCUAGUAUUCGCAGUGCGGCCUGCAGCGAUGGGAGCUCGAUGAUGCGUGGGGUGUGGUGGCUGUCACCAUCAAAGUCGAAGAAACUUGGUUAUUCUUGUGCAUAGUAUACUAUAGGAUCGAUCACACAGCAUGCAGUUGCAUUUUCACCACAUCUUGCCUCCACAAUGUUUGUUUUUGCUGUGGUCCAACAUAAUUAGCUCCCGUUGCUCUAGAUGAGACAUAUCACGGGAGCGACGAGACAAGAAAGGCAAACCUUCUCUGACAGAAAGAAGGAAGCACUCACUGUAGC